UGAUUUUUGUUUCUUGAACAUUAUCUAGUAAAACUAUAACUAAAAUAUGAAAUUAUAGCCCAAAAUGAAACUUCCAGGAAGUGGCGCUGCUGGGAUGUCGGACUACGAGUUCAGUCAGGUGCAACGGAGUAGGACGAGUCAAGAUCUUCCUGCACCAGGGCGCCUGAUGAAGACGCACGACCUGACGCGCAUUACCACAGACAAGAUGCGGUCGCAUGCAACCGCGCUCACGUCCAAGUUGGGGCCACGAAAAGGCCUUGAUGCCCAUGGGACUGAUUAUGUGCCGAAAGAAGGUGAGCAAAUAUUUGUGUCGCCAGAUGGCAUGUUGCUGAAGAUGUCCUUCUCUGCACCACACGAUCUCGUUCAAGAGCAAGUUCAGCAGUGGCACCCCGAUUAUAGGACAACUGCCCUUCCAUACGAAAAGUAUAACACGAGUGAGGAAAUGCAAUUCCAACAUGUCAAUGAGCGAGCAGGACAAGUUGCAGGAACACCAAGAGACAUUUUGAACGAAAGUUUGAGUGCUGCUUCUAGUAAAGUGAAAGGAGGAGUUCAAUUACCCCCAGCAUAUCGCGGUCACUAUUUUUCGCCCGAGAAGCUUUUAGAGGCAAAGACACCAGAACCGUUUUUAAGCAAAAAAGGGCUGCCCGCAGUAAGUAAUCUGAUGUCACAG